CCAGCCAACCUCUUCAACCAAACCGACCACUACACCUCAUCUUUCCACUACAUCCCAGCCAACCUCUUCAACCAAACCGACCACUACACCUCAUCUUUCCACUACAUCCCAGCCAACCUCUUCAACCAAACCGACCACUACACCUCAUCUUUCCACUACAUCUUCUUCAGGUGAGAACUGAAUCGAUAGGAAACACUUACAGUAGAUUGAUCAUGCUGUAGUACUGUACCAGUACCAUUUAUUUUACAUUUCAUUGAUGAUGGUGAAUGAUGAUUCAUGUCCACAGGGAAGUGUCCACCUUAUCAUAUGUUCUGUGGGGAUGGCACUACAUGUGUGGCCACCAUGCAGUUUUGUGAUGGAGUAGACAAUUGUCCUGAUGGCUCAGAUGAAAACCAUACUCUCUGUGGUGAGUGUUUGAUACUCAGUGUUUGCUGAUUAUGUAACCUCGUCCCUACACUCUUAGAAAAAAGGCUUCCAAAAGGGUAAUUCAACUGUCCCUGUAGGAUAACCUUUUUUGGUUCCAGGUAGAACUCUUUUGGGUUCCAUGUAGAGAUCCGGCUGGUGGACGAUUAAUAAUUAAGUGGAUAAACAUUGUUCUUGAAUGUAUAGAUGGUACAGAGUAACAAGAAAAUGCCAUGUCAACGCAUAAUGUGUGGUCUGGUAAUGUGGUCAUGAGUGCAUUGGUAGUAUAAUAGACCUGAACUGUGUGGAUAUCGUUCAUAUUUUCAUAGCAACAAAGUGCGAUGGCCAAUUCCUUCUUCUUGGUCCUACGGGUUCCUUCCAUUCUGAAAACUUCCCUCUCCCUUACAACAAUGGCACGAUUUGCCGCUGGGUUAUACGGUACUCCUGCUUCUCACACUAACUACACACUACUCAUGUUCAUAUACUUUUACCUGACAUACCAGUGCUACCUCUCUACUUUUUGUGCUACCUUAAUUAAAAAAAAUUUUAAUUUUUUCUUCCCUUUUUAGAAUUCAGAAAGGACUAGCAAUAAAGAUGAAUUUCCACUCAUUCAACACAGAAGAAGAUAUUGAUACUCUCAGUCUGUAUGAGGGCACAGGACAGGGGAAAUAUCUGACAUGUAAGUGGAUAACACUCCUGAGCAAAUAUAUGCUAAUUGCUAUUCAGCAAUAUAUCUAUAUAAACUAAAGUAAUAACACAUCUACCACCCACUAUGGCUGUGUUUCAGACCAGCUGUCAGGCCCCUCCCCAGGCACUGUGUGGCUGCUGUCUGACAAGGCCACUGUUGAGUUCUCCUCUGACGAUUACAACAAUCUCCAAGGAUUCAAUGCCACCUACUCAGCAGAAGACAUCAGCAACCUCUCUAGUAAACAGUGUUUCCCAAACUCAAUCCUCGGGACCCCACAGCUGAUUCAAAUGAUCAAAGCUUGAUGAUUAGUUGAUUCUUUGAAUCAGCUGUGUAGUGCUAGGACAAAAACCAAAAUGUGCACCCCUUGGGGUCUCGAGGACCGAGUUUGGGAAACCCUGACUUAAAGAUUUCAAGGGUUAUCAAAAUGAACUGGAAGGAAGAUUGCAAUAUGAUUUGGUUUUGGGUCUCUCUGUGAAAUGAAACGACAGUGGCAGUGUUCCUCUCUGCCCUCUCAGAUGAGGAGAGGCUGAGCUGCUCCUUUGAGGAGGGCCUGUGUUUCUGGAGGCAGGAGCCCGAGGACGAAGGGGACUGGAUACGCACCAAUAUCCCUACAUUCCCCCCCUUCACAGGCCCAAACUUUGACCAUACAUUUGGGAACCAAUCAGGUGUGUCAUUAUGUGACAAGACAUUACUUUAUUUCGCGGAGACUUUAUGACUUUAUUUCGAUGUCGGAUUGCUGUAGUCUGUUUCUGUUCUGUGACUGUUAUUGUGUUCUGAUGAUACAGGCUACUACAUUGUCACACCGGGAAGCCCUGGCCAGUGGGAGAAGAACUUCAAGAUCCGCAGCCUCCGAUUAACUCAUUCAAAUGAACCAAUGUGUCUUAAGUUCUGGUAAGUGACCCUCUCUCUCCCUCUAUUCAUGUACUGUCUAUGGCUACCCAUCUCUAAAUACAUAGCCUCUCAACAGGUGUGUAUUUAUGCUACUUGUUGCUCCAGGUACCAUAUGUAUGGAGAGGAUGUGCGUCGGCUGAGGGUGUUGGUAGAGAGACGGUCAACGUCUGUGGUCAGAGAGGCUUCAGUCAUUAUGGUCUUCCAGAAGGAGGGUAACUAUGGAGAUAACUGGAACUUCGGCCAGGUCACCCUGAACAGCACAGCUGAUACAACGGUCAGAAUCCCACACUGUAUAAUUGCCAUGAUGUUAUACUUGGCUGUAAAUGUUGUCUGUCUAUAAGUCUCUGUCUCUUCACUGUGAUGUUCUUCUCAAGGUGGUUUUUGAGGCUCAGAAGAAGGGGGGUAUGAAGAAUGACAUUGCCCUGGAUGACAUUAGUCUGACAAUGGGUCCCUGUGGGGCGGACCCACCAGAGCCAACAGUGGUUCCCACCCCUCCAACACCACCUCCUAUACCUCGUAUGUUACUCUGAACCACAUAUUCUUCACAUGGAACACUUUGACACAGGCCAUCCAUUCAGAACAGAACCACCCUGUCAUCGUUAACCAGCCCCCUCACAAUCACUCACUACCACUGAGUCACCAACUCACCCUCUCUCGCCUGACAUUCACUGUUCUUUAUCCAUUCAUGUCAUGUGUCCUUGUUUUCCAUGGAAGCAUCUAAAGCAUGUAUUCAUUCCUCUUUCUCAGCUGACUGUGGAGGACCUUUUGACCUUUGGGAACCCAACUCUACAUUCAGCUCCCCCAACUACCCACACUCCUAUGGAAACAAGGCUUCUUGUAUGAACUUUGUGUUUUGUUCAUUUGUUUUCCUAAUUGGUUGAAAUGUGGUGUUCAUACAUCUGUCUAUCCUGGGCAAGGUUUGUGGACUCUUCAUGCCAGGGAGGGAUGGAACAUCCAGCUUCACUUCCUGGAUUUUGACGUUGAGUCGACCUAUGACAUCGUGGAGGUGCGGGAUGGGGCAGGGCCGCAGUCUGAACUGCUUGGUGAGUCUCUGACCCUCCGCCUACUGUGAUAUCCUUCCUACACAACCUCUGUCAUGUUACUAUGACACUGUUAGUUGUUAUUGAAAAUGCAGAGGAGGUUUACUGGGGUGAAUUGUUGUGUGUUUCUUUGUCAGGUGUCUUCACUGGCACUGAUGCUACCUUUCCAGAUGUGAUCUCCACAGCCAAUCAGAUCACAGUGAUGUUCUAUACGGACAGUACAGGGUAUGACAGAGGGUUCCGUGCCAACUUCACAUCUGGCUUAGCACUGGGCAUGCCAAGUAAGAUUUUAUAUUAAGGAACCAAUUCAUCAUUCUAAAGUCCAAAAUUAGUAGUUCUGAAUGAACCAUAGCUGAUGUACUCUUUAUUCUUCAAAAGCCAAGUAACCAAACUGCCUUUGUCCUUUCAAAUGCCAGAGCCCUGUGCCACUGGGCAGUACCGGUGUCAGUCUGGAGAAUGUAUCUCCAAUGUCAGUGUGUGUAACGGCCAACCAGACUGCGCUGACUCCUCAGACGAAGCUGACUGUGGUGAGUAAACCAAAUGAAGCUGUGACCCUGUCAACACCCAUACAGCAAUUCAUGCCAGUAAAAGGCAUGUGAACCAAAAUACUGGUAAAGUGGUUCUCCAUGAUUCUAUGCGUUCUAGUGCAUCUGGUAUCAGUGAACAGUACGAGUGUCAGACGUCUGCAGCUCCAGGUCCAGACCACCUGGUACACAGCCUGUGGUCGGCACUGGAACGCUCAGCUCUCCCACUUCAUGUGUCGUUACCUGGGCUACAGGUGAGACCUCUGCUGUGUGUGUGUGUGUGUGAAUGAGAAACAGUCAUUCUUUGUAUGUUUGACAGUGAUGGACAGGGAGUCAGUCACUGUGUUUACAUGUACUCUAGAUCAGGAAGUGCCCUCCUCAUACCUUCCACAGAGAAAGACUCUCCCUUCACCACCGUGAGUGUGGCAGCCAACGGCACCCUGGACCUGACCCCCAGGUACACUACAUUCAACAAACAGAUUUCAUUUACAUUUACAUUGUUUUGUCAUUUAGCAGACGCCCUUAUCCAGAGCUACUUACAGGAGCAAUUAGGGUUAAGUGCCUUGCUCAAGGGCACAUCGACAGAUUUUUCACCUAGUCGGCUCGGGGAAUUGAGGAAAUGGAACCUUUCGGUUACUGGCCAAACUCUCUUAACCGCUAGGCUACCUGCCGCUAAUCGAGGAAAUCGAACCUUUCGGUUACUGGCCCAACGCUCUUAACCGCAAGGCUACCUGCCGCUAAUCGAGGAAAUCGAACCUUUCGGUUACUGGCCCAACGCUCUUAACCGCUAGGCUACCUGCCGCUAAUCGAGGAAAUCGAACCUUUCGGUUACUGGCCCAAUGCUCUUAACCGCUAGGCUACCUGCCUCUAAUCGAGGAAAUCGAACCUUUCGGUUACUGGCCCAACGCUCUUAACCGCUAGGCUACCUGCAGCUAAUCGAGGAAAUCGAACCUUUCGGUUACUGGCCCAACGCUCUUAACCGCUAGGCUACCUGCCACUAAACGAGGAAAUCGAACCUUUCGGUUACUGGCCCAACGCUCUUAACCGCAAGGCUACCUGCCGCUAAUUGAGGAAAUCGAACCUUUCGGUUACUGGCCCAACGCUCUUAACCGCUAGGCUACCUGCCGCUAAUCGAGGAAAUCGAACCUUUCGGUUACUGGCCCAACGCUCUUAACCGCUAGGCUACCUGCCGCUAAACGAGGAAAUCGAACCUUUCGGUUACUGGCCCAACGCUCAUAACCGCUAGGCUACCUGCCGCUAAUCGAGGAAAUCAAACCUUUCGGUUACUGGCCCAACGCUCAUAACCGCUAGGCUACCUGCCGCUAAUAAUUCAACUUUGAUUCAACAGUCAUACCAACAUCCAACUUUGUUUCUAUUUCCCAUAGUGAAAAAUGUACGGAUGAAAAGGUUAUAUCUUUGCAAUGUGACAACCAACGUGAGUAUGCAAAGUAUAAAGCGUCAACAUAGUAUCAUGAUAGAUACUGUAAGUACUCCUUCACAUAUACACAUUGACAAGUUUUGACAAGUUAACAAAACACACUCAAAAACACUAUACUGUGCAUUUUAGCGUGUGGCGUUCGUAUGGUCUCCCAGAAGAUGGAUCAUAGUGGGUCCACUGAACGACAGAUGGAGGAGGAAGGAGAGGAGGAGUCAGAGGAGAGUGGAACUGUCAGAGUGGUGGGAGGGACAGACUCUCGUAAGGGGGCGUGGCCAUGGAUGGUGUCGCUGUACUGGAGGGGCCGUCAUGUGUGUGGAGCUACUCUGAUUGACAACGAGUGGUUGGUCACCGCUGCACACUGCGUUUAUGGGUGAGGAAUCCCCCUCUGCCUUUAUACUGUUUGAUUAUGCUCCUGUAUUCACCUUUACUUUGUGUACACUGUAAAUAUACACUGUGUAUACACCUGAGUCUCACCUUUUUCUGUUCACACCAUGUCACAUAAUAAUAAUAAUAAUAAUAAUAAUAAUAUGCCAUUUAGCAGACGCUUUUAUCCAAAGCGACUUACAGUCAUGUGUGCAUACAUUUUUACGUAUGGGUGGUCCCGGGGAUCGAACACACUACCCUGGCGUUACAAGCGCCAUGCUCUACCAAUAGAGCUACAGAGGACCAUGUUUCUGUGCAUUUACCCUCAACUGAGUCUGACCUAUUUGAGUACAAAGUAGCUCUACCAUUUUUUUUCUGUUCCAUGCAGUUUAAGUUUUUCAGACCAUUUCUACAUUGACGGUCGUCUUUUUAUCCUGCAGGAAAAAUAUUCACCUUUCCAACUGGGAGGCAGUUUUGGGCCUUCACUCCCAGGACAGUGUAGAUAUCCUCCCAUCCCAGACCCGAAAGGUUGACCACAUCAUCAUGAACAAACACUACAACAGAAGGACCAAGAAUGCUGACAUCGCAAUGAUGCACCUUCAAACAAACGUCAACUUCACAGGUGUGCAAUCAAACACCCUUCUGCUCUACAUAGCCUGAGAGUUUGACCUUAUGUCAGAUUGGCACUGAGCACAAGCGGCCAUGUUGUGUUCAUAUAAAGUGGAUUACUAAGUAGAUGUACCUCACAUAUACACACAGAUCCACACACACAACAUAAUAUUCAUACAGAUCCACACACACAAUAUAAUAUUCAUACAGAUCCACACACACAGGAUAUAAUAUUCAUACAGAUCCACACACACAUGAUAUAAUCUUCAUACAGAUCCACACACACAGGAUAUAAUCUUCAUACAGAUCCACACACACAGGAUAUAAUCUUCAUACAGAUCCACACACACAGGAUAUAAUCUUCAUACAGAUCCACACACAGGAUAUAAUCUUCAUACAGAUCCACACACACAAUAUAAUCUUCAUACAGAUCCACACACACAUUUAUAAUCUUCAUACAGAUCCACACACACAUUAUAUAAUCUUCAUACAGAUCCACACACACAGGAUAUAAUCUUACAUUUACAUUUUAGUCAUUUAGCAGACGCUCUUAUCCAGAGUGACUUACAGUUAGUACAUACAUAUUUGUAUUUAUUUUUCAUACUUGCCCCCCGCGGGAAUCGAACCCACAACCCUGGCGUUGCAAACACCAUGCUCUACCAACAUCCCUGCCGGCCAUUCCCUCCCCUACCCUGGACGACGCUGGGCCAAUUGUGCGCCGCCCCAUGGGUCUCUCCCGGUCACGGCCGGCUACGACAGAGCCUGGAUUCGAACCAGGAUCUCUAGUGGCACAGCUAGUGUGUGGGCCACUCGGGAGACGAGUCCACACACACAGGAUAUAAUCUUCAUACAGAUCCACACACACAUGAUAUAAUCUUCAUACAGAUCCACACACACAUGAUAUAAUCUUCAUACAGAUCCACACACACUGUCACGAUCGUUGAAAGGAGUGGACCAAUGCGCAGCGUGGAAUGCGAACAUCUUUAUUAAAUAUACACUACACGAACAAAAACAACAAAACGAAACGUGAAGUCCUCGGUCCACAUACACAACCUACACGGAACAAGAUCCCACAAUACACUGUGCCAAACAGCUGCCUAAGUAUGGUUCCCAAUCAGAGACAAAAGAGCACAGCUGAUUCUCGUUGCCUCUGAUUGAGAAACCACCCCGGCCAACAUAGAUACACAUGAACUAGAUCCUAAAUAGAAACACAAACACAUAAAGAACUACACACCUGGCUCAAAACAUAUAAGAGUCCCAGAGCCAGGGCGUGACAGUAUCCAACCCCCCCCCAAAGGCGCGGACUGCGACCGCGCCAAACAUAAACCGAACAGGGGAGGGCUGGGUGGGCAUUCCUCCUCGAGGCGGAUCCCGUGCUCCGGGCGUGACCACCCAACCCUCAAUAACCCCCCCCCCGUAGUGCCCCCUGGUCUGGUCUGGCCCCGCUGGCCUUGGAGCUGGAACGGGACAUUGGUGGAGCGGAUUGCUUAGGCUCCGUUGUGGAGCAGCUGUGACCGGUCUGUCCAGGCUGACGACUCGCACCCCGGCUUGGUGCGGGGAGCAGGAACGGGCUGACCAGGCUGACGAUGCGCACCCCUGCCUUGGUGCGGGAGCAGGAACGGGCCGGACCAGGCUGACGACUCGCACCUCUGGCUUGGUGCGAGUGGCAGGAACGGGCUGGACCAGGCUGACGACGCACACCGUAGGCUUGGUGCGUGGAGCAGGGACAGGCCGGGCUGGGCUGACGACGCAUACCGUAGGCCUGGUGCGUGGAGCAGGGACAGGCCGGACAGGGCUGGCGACGCACACCGUAGGCUUGGUGCGUGGAGCAGGAACAGGCCGGACAGGGCUGGCGACGCACACCGUAGGCUUGGUACGUGGAGCAGGAACAGGCCGGGCAGGGCUGUCGACGCACACCGUAGGCUUGGUGCGUGGAGCAGGGACAGGCCGGGCAGGGCUGGCGACGCACACCGUAGGCUUGGUGCGUGGAGCAGGAACAGGCCGGACAGGGCUGGCGACGCACACCGUAGGCUUGGUGCGUGGAGCAGGACAGGCCGGGCAGGGCUGUCGACGCACACCGUAGGCUUGGUGCGUGGAGCAGGAACAGGCCGGGCAGGGCUGUCGACGCACACCGUAGACUUGGUGCGUGGAGCAGGAACAGGCCGGGCAGGGCUGUCGACGCACACCGUAGAUUGGUGCGUGGAGCAGACAGCGCAGGCUGUCGACGCACACGUAGACUUGGUGCGUGUGAGCAGGACCAAGCCGGUGGCAGCUUACGCAACACUCACUGGCGAAGCAGGAAGUCCGGCAGGCUGCGACGCACAACGAGACUGUGGUGGACAGGAACAGGUCGGUCAGCUGUCGAAGCACACGUAGACUUGGUGCGUGGCAGGAACAGCCGGGCAGGCCGCCCGCAACAUAGACUUGACUGCUGGAGCAAGAAACAGCCCAGGGCAUUCGACGCACACCGCUAACAUUGGUGCCUGAGCAGGGACGACGCCGCGACUCGCACGCACACCGAGGCGGUGCGACGGCGCAACAUGACCGACGGGCUGGGGGGCGCACCCUCGAUGGGUCCGAGCGCCGUACAGCCGACCUAAUGGGACACCCCCCGUACUGGCCUUCGCGGACUGGACGGGCGGACGGACUGGACAUGAGCAGCGCUAGUUAGCUCCGGUGUGGAGCAUCUAACCUCCUGCCAGCCGUUGAACCAGGGCCGCGUGAACCGGGCUUUGAACACGCCCCUUGUGCGGGGGCAGACGGCCCGCGUCCUGCGAUGGCCCCCCACGCUUAGUUGGGGGUGCCGGUCCGUCCGGCUACGAUGGCACCCUGCUGCGGGCGGGGCAGAACGUCCGCCACGGGCCUGCAUCCUACCCCAAGGUCCUUGCCGCCGAGCAUGGGCCCGGACCGCUGACGACGCGCCCCCUGGUGCCAGGGCAGAACCGUCCGAUCCGUUCCUGGCGCUGCUCCUUGCUUGGCGAGGGCGCUGACAGGCCGUCGUGGCUUGGCCUGCUACCAGUGGUUUGGUUGCGAGAGCAGGAACGGCCGGGGGGUGUGACCAAGCGCAUGGCUGUGGGGAAGAAACGGCCGACCGGUGAUAUAAAGUCCUAAAGUUAGCGAAGCAGAUUGCGUGAAGUCCGGCUGUAACUCGAACAUGUCCUCCCAGGACCACCAUUUGCCCCACCUGGGCCAUCGCCAACUUCUCCAUCUCCUUACCCGGCGUUAGCCUCCGAACACGCUGCUUGGUCCAGUAUUGGUGGGAUCUUCUGUCACGAUCGUCAAAAUGAGUGGACCAAUGCGCAGCGUGGAAUGCGAACAUCUUUAUUAAAUAUACACUACACGAACAAAAACAACAAAACAGAUACGUUGAAGUCCUCGGUCACAUACACAACCUACACGGAACAAGAUCCCACAAUACACUGUGUCCAAACAGGCUGCCUAAGUAUGGUUCCCAAUCAGAGACAACAAGCAACAGCUGAUUCUCGUUGCCUCUGAUUGAGAACCACCCCGGCCAACAUAGAUACACAUGAACUAGAUCCUAACAUAGAAACACAAACACAUAGAAUCUAUACACCCUGGCUCAACAUAUACAGUGGGGAAAAAAGUAUUUAGUCAGCCACCAAUUGUGCAAGUUCUCCCACUUAAAAAGAUGAGAGAGGCCUGUAAUUUUCAUCAUAGGUACACGUCAACUAUGACAGACAAAAUGAGAUUUUUUUUCUCCAGAAAAUCACAUUGUAGGAUUUUUUAUGAAUUUAUUUGCAAAUUAUGGUGGAAAAUAAGUAUUUGGUCAUAACAAAAGUUUCUCAAUACUUUGUUAUAUACCCUUUGUUGGCAAUGACAACCGGUCAAACGUUUUCUGUAAGUCUUCACAAGGUUUUCACACACUGUUGCUGGUAUUUUGGCCCAUUCCUCCAUGCAGAUCUCCUCUAGAGCAGUGAUGUUUUGGGGCUGUCGCUGGGCAACACGGACUUUCAACUCCCUCCAAAGAUUUUCUAUGGGGUUGAGAUCUGGAGACUGGCUAGGCCACUCCAGGACCUUCAAAUGCUUCUUACGAAGCCACUCCUUCGUUGCCCGGGUGGUGUGUUUGGGAUCAUUGUCAUGCUGAAAGACCCAGCCACGUUUUCAUCUUCAAUGCCCUUGCUGAUGGAAGGAGGUUUUCACUCAAAAUCUCACGGUACAUGGCCCCAUUCAUUCUUUCCUUUACACGGAUCAGUCGUCCUGGUCCCUUUGCAGAAAAACAGCCCCUAAGCAUGAUGUUUCCACCCCCAUGCUUCACAGUAGGUAUGGUGUUCUUUGGAUGCAACUCAGCAUUCUUUGUCCUCCAAACACGACGAGUUGAGUUUUUACCAAAAAGUUAUAUUUUGGUUUCAUCUGACCAUAUGACAUUCUCCCAAUCCUCUUCUGGAUCAUCCAAAUGCACUCUAGCAAACUUCAGACGGGCCUGGACAUGUACUGGCUUAAGCAGGGGCAGAAUUUGAGUCCCUGGCGGCGUAGUGUGUUACUGAUGGUAGGCUUUGUUACUUUGGUCCCAGCUCUCUGCAGGUCAUUCACUAGGUCCCCCUGUGUGGUUCUGGGAUUUUUGCUCACCGUUCUUGUGAUCAUUUUGACCCCACGGCGUGAGAUCUUGCGUGGAGCCCCAGAUCGAGGGAGAUUAUCAGUGGUCUUGUAAUGUCUUCCAUUUCCUAAUAAUUGCUCCCACAGUUGAUUUCUUCAAACCAAGCUGCUUACCUAUUGCAGAUUCAGUCUUCCCAGCCUGGUGCAGGUCUACAAUUUUGUUUCUGGUGUCCUUUGACAGCUCUUUGGUCUUGGCCAUAGUGGAGUUUGGAGUGUGACUGUUUGAGGUUGUGGACAGGUGUCUUUUAUACUGAUAACAAGUUCAAACAGGUGGCCAUUAAUACAGGUAACGAGUGGAGGACAGAGGAGCCUCUUAAAGAACAGACAGUUAAGUAUGGCUCCCAAUCAGAGACAACCAGCAAACAGCUGACACUCGUUGCCUCUGAUUGGGAGUCACUUAGGCCAACACAGAAAACAACAACCUAGAACACCCAACCUAGAAACAACCCACACAGAACGAACACACCCUGGCUCAACAUACAGAUCCCGGAGCCAGAGCGUGACAAUAAUCUUCAUACAGAUCCACACACACAUGAUAUAAUCUUCAUACAGAUCCACACACACUGUCACGAUCGUUGAAAGGAGUGGACCAAUGCGCAGCGUGGAAUGCGAACAUCUUUAUUAAAUAUACACUACACGAACAAAACAACAAAACGAUACGUGAAGUCCUCGGUCACAUACACAAACCUACACGGAACAAGAUCCCACAAUACACUGUGCCAAACAGGCUGCCUAAGUAUGGUUCCCAAUCAGAGACAACAAGCAACAGCUGAUUCUCGUUGCCUCUGAUUGAGAACCACCCCGGCCAACAUAGAUACACAUGAACUAGAUCCUAACAUAGAAACACAAACACAUAGAAUCUAUACACCCUGGCUCAACAUAUAAGAGUCCCAGAGCCAGGGCGUGACAGUACCCCCCCCCCAAAGGCGCGGACUGCGACCGCGCCAAACAUAAACCGAACAGGGGAGGGCUGGGUGGGCAUUCCUCCUCGGAGGCGGAUCCGGCUCCGGGCGUGACCACCACCCUCUAAUAACCCCCCCGUAGUGCCCCUGGUCUGGUCUGGCCCCGCUGGCUGGAGCUGGACUGGACAUCGGUGGAGCGGAUUGCUUAGGCUCCGGUGUGGAGCAGCUGACCGGUACCUGACCAGGCACCGGUGAACCGGGCACGGGCUGUGCCGGACUGACGACACGCACCCCUGGCUUGGUGCGGGGAGCAGGAACGGGCCGGACCGGGCUGACGAUGCGCCCCACAGGCUUGGUGCGGGGAGCAGGAAUGGGCCGGACCGGGCUGACGACGCGCACCCCUGGCUUGGUGCGGGGAGCAGGAACGGGCCGGACCGGGCUGACGAUGCGCACCACAGGCUUGGUGCGGGGAGCAGGAACGGGCCGGGCCGGGCUGGCGACGUGCACCAUAGGCUUGGUGCGGGGAGCAGGAACAGGCCGGGCCGGGCUGGCGACGCGCACCAUUGGCUUGGUGCGAGGGGCAGGAACAGGCCGGGUCGGGCUGGCGACGCGCACCAUUGGCUUGGUGCGGGGAGCAGGAACAGGCCGGGCCGGGCUGGCGACGCGCACCAUUGGCUUGGUGCGAGGGGCAGGAACAGGCCGGGUCGGGCUGGCGACGCGCACCAUUGGCUUGGUGCGGGGAGCAGGAACAGGCCGGGCCGGGCUGGCGACGCGCACCAUAGGCUUGGUGCGGGGAGCAGGAACGGGCCAGACCGGGCUGACGACGCGCACCACAGGCUUGGUGCGGGGAGCAGGAACGGGCCGGACCGGGCUGACGACGCGCACCACAGGCUUGGUGCGGGGAGCAGGAACGGGCCGGGCCGGGCUGGCGACGCGCACCACAGGCUUGGUGCGGGGAGCAGGAACCUUUGCCCAUGGUCCUCUGCCCUCGAACAUGUCCUCCCAGGACCACCAUUUGCCCACCUGGGCCAUCGCCAACUUCUCCAUCUCCUUACCCGGCGUUAGCUCCGAAACACGCUGCUUGGUCCAGUAUUGGUGGGAUCUUCUGUCACGAUCAUCAAAAGGAGUGGACCAAUGCGCAGCGUGGAAUGCGAACAUCUUUAUUAAAUAUACACUACACGAACAAAAACAACAAAACGAUACGUGAAGUCCUCGGUCACAUACACAAACCUACACGGAACAAGAUCCCACAAUACACUGUGCCAAACAGGCUGCCUAAGUAUGGUUCCCAAUCAGAGACAACAAGCAACAGCUGAUUCUCGUUGCCUCUGAUUGAGAACCACCCCGGCCAACAUAGAUACACAUGAACUAGAUCCUAACAUAGAAACACAAACACAUAGAAUCUACACACCCUGGCUCAACAUAUAAGAGUCCCAGAGCCAGGGCGUGACACACACAGGAUAUCAUCUUCAUACAGAUCCACACACACAGGAUAUAAUCUUCAUACAGAUUCUUCUUUUACAGAUUACAUUCAACCCAUCUGUCUGCCACGAAGUGACCAGCAGUUUGAGGCUGGGAGGAACUGUUUCAUUGCAGGCUGGGGAGCAGAAGCAGAGCAAGGUAGGACUCUGGUGUCACUCAGUGAGUUAGUUCACGGUGGCAUUAACAGGUUCAUCUGAGGAUGUGGCUGAUGAAAACCGCUGUACAAUUUAACUGUAUCAUUAUUAUUAUUAAUAUUAAUAUUAUUAUUAUGUGCCUGUAAAUGUUGAAAUGCCCUCCAGGCACAGUAGCUAAUGUGCUACAACAGGCAGUGCUGCCCCUGGUGAGCCGGUCUGAUUGUCAGAAACUGUUGCCUGAGUACAACAUUACAGCCAGGAUGGUGUGUGCCGGCUACUCUGAGGGGGGAGUGGACUCCUGCCAGGUACAUUUUAAUGGUCAUAACCCUCUGUGGGCAGUUAUAGCAUGUUUAUGACUGUAAACCACGCUGCAUUUCUGUGAAAGAACUACACCAGGAAAAUGUUCAGAUAGUAUUACUGUCCCAAGGCAGCAGUGGAUAGAAUACUGCCCCCAAGGCAACACUGGAUAGUAAAGUUUGGGUAUUUGUGUGAUGUACAAUGAAUGCCACCUGUACACAAUGCCAUUGAAUCACAGUUCGUAGUAUCCAUGUACAGUGUGUGAGAAUUCUGUCCACUGACUGUGUCGUCCUGUUGUUUUAGGGGGACUCUGGAGGUCCUCUCAUGUGUGAGGAGGAUGGCCACUGGGUGCAGGUGGGCGUGAUUUCUUUUGGUGUGGGGUGUGGCCGCCCCCAGCGCCCUGGUGUGUACGCCCUGGUCUCCCAGUUCACUGACUGGAUCGUCCAGACCAGACGGCUCUCCUGA